AUUUAUCAUCUUACUUUGCUCUUCCCGUGAAUUUUUUUGCUUAAGGAUAAAUUAAUUUUGUUUCUAGGAUUUUUGUGACGAAUAAAAACAUAAUCACAUUUAUAUUGAGAUCAAUUGUAGGCUUGUAUCCCCUUUUUAAAUGCUUGCUUGAGAUCUGUAGUAAAGUUGGAAUGUUUUUGUAAUAUGAAAAGACGAUAUUAUUAUUAUUAUUAUUAUUAUUAUUAUUAUUAUUAUUAUUAUUAUUAUUAUUAUGUUUUUUGUGGUGACCGAAGAGAGAGCGAAGAACAGAGGAGCUAAAAUGAGUAAUCGCCAUAUCUUUUUUGUAAAUGAUUUGGAAAAAAAAAAGAAAAAAGAAAAAAAGAGGGAUAAUAUAAAGUGAAUCAUGAAUUGUUAAAUUCGCCAAAGUUUGUAGUUUCUUGAUAUCAUUGAAAGCAUAAUGGGCUGUUAAAUGAUUUUUAUACAUGAAAGAAUAGUGUGAAAGCUAGUAUUUUGUGAAAUUUUGCUACAGAAUUUUUAUUAUAUAUGAUUUUAUCCCCUUGAAUGUUAUUAAUGGAUAUGAUGCACUUUGAUUUCAGUAUGCCCUGGCGUUAGAUAAUUGUGGAAGAUUAGAAUAUACAGUUGAAAAAAGUGAUCUUAUCUAUGUAAGCAUGUUAUUCCAUCUCUAAAAGAUACAUACUUGGAAUACAUAGUCAUAUUGAGAUCCCAAUAACGUAUUCAUAUACCUACGCUUUUCCGUUGUCUGCUUGUAUUUAUUAUGUUGCGGGGACAAAUUUUGCUGAAGGUCAUGCAGUUAUGACCCAAAAAUUCUCUCAACAAGAAGAGGUUUAGUAAAUCACAUGAAUUUAAACUAAUUCUGUUUAGUCUAUGCUGCUUUGAAGCUUAAAGGAAAUGGAAUAUUGUCAUCUAUCAAUGAAUUUUUCAUUGUGAUAUAUUGCAAAUUGAAAAGCAGAAGAAACGUGUCACAUAUUAAAUGCAUUCUGUUCCAAAGAAUAUCUGAUAUCUUACUAUAAGCAGUGGAUGCUUCCAUCUCAAUCUAUCACACAACAAUAAUGACCUGUUGCAGUCUAGCAUCUUCAAGCUGUAGGUCUGUUGCCUUAAGUUUGUUUUGUACUUUUUGUCAAAUGUCUGAUAGAUCUAAAGUGCACAUGUAAGAGAAAUCUUAUUAGUUGCGCACAUCACACAAUACAUUGCUUAUAUGACUAGGUAGCCCUAAAGGUUUUCUAUGGAAACAUGUUGGCACCGUUCUUUUAGGUAAAUUUUUAUUGACACUCUGUUUACUUGUUCUUCAUGUCUACGGCAGAGAUGGUAAAUAUGGCAUCUGAACUUGUUAUUUCUGCAACAAGUGAUAAACUUACUGAAAUGGAUUGGAUGAAAAACAUUGAGAUUUGUGAAUUAGUUGCACAUGAUCACAGGCAAGCUAAAGAUGUCAUAAAAGCCAUUAAAAAACGCUUGCAAAGCAAACACUCAAACACACAACUAUUUGCAGUAAUGUUGCUGGAGAUGUUAAUGAAUAAUAUUGGAGAACCUGUUCAUAAGCAGGUUACGGAGACAGGAAUUCUUCCCAUACUUGUGAAAAUAGUUAAGAAAAAGUCAGAUCUUCCUGUUCGGGAAAAGAUUUUUCUUCUCUUAGAUGCAGCUCAGACAUCUGUAGGUGGAGCUUCUGGGAGGUUCCCUCAAUAUUAUUCUGCAUAUUAUGAAUUGGUGAGUGCAGGAGUGCAAUUUGCUCAGAGGCCUCGUGAUAUCCCCAAACCUCAUGCUACAUCAAACACCAACGUGAAUAAUUCACUUGAUAAGGAAUCUGCUACUAAAUGUGAAAGUGCACCAAAGACACAACCUCGGAAGGUUUCUGAAUACAGUAUUCUUGAGAAAGCUAGCACUGCACUGGAGGUCUUGAAGGAUGUCCUUAAUGCUGUCGAUGCUCAACAUCCUGAGGGAGCGAAAGAGGAGUUCACACUUGAUCUUGUGGAACAAUGUUCUUUUCAAAAGCAACGAAUAAUGCAACUUGCAAUGACUUCUCGGUAUGCCCUGGCGUUAGAUNGCCACAUAGAUAAGGGAUUCUGCUUUUCUUGUCUCGGUUCCAAUCUGUUGUUGGACAGGAUAAGAAAAGGGAAAGCUUGUCUACGACCAGAAGAUGAAGCCUGCCAAAUAGAGCGGCCGUUGGGAUUUCUGGGUUGCCCUGUUCCUGGGGAAAUGCUUCAUCGCCCACUCAUUCGACCACUAACUGUGGAGCCAAAGCAGCAACUUGUUCAGCCGCUAAUUAUGGAGCCAAAGCAAGAGUUUGUACGGCCACCAACUAUGGAGCCCGAUCAAGAAGCUAAUGGAGGUCGACCAGUAGUUGCAAUUCCACCACCACCAGCUAAACAUGUUGAGAGAGAGAGAUUUUUCAAGGAGAAAAAGGCAGACGUUUCUUCGCUUGAUGGGCAUGUGAGGAGCCUCUCACUACACAGCCGAAAUGCCAGCAGCUCUCGCAGUGGAAGUUUAGAUUAUAGCGACUGAAUGAAGUUUUCUGUGAGAAAAAUGCUUUCAGGAGGUUGAAGGCCAUAGUAUUUUACAUGCAUGGAGGUUUGAGGUUUUCAAGGUUUCCAUUGCUUAGAUUGCUGAUUACAAGGAGGAUCUGAUAGCUGAAAGUUCUGAGAUGAUAGGUGUGAUUUAAGAGGUACAUAGUGUUUUAUCAAAAUCAUGAAUGCUGAAUUUGUAUAUCAAGUUAGACAUGAAUUUUCAUUUCAAACUUUCGGGUUAUACUAAGUUACUGGAUCCAAGUUUUGUUC